AUGCAUACGGUAUGGUUCCCUGCACCGGUGGCCCUACUUUUCCGCAGGGUUGUGAAUGUGGUGUUCCCUCUGUCCAUCUCUCAUCAUUAUUUCCGUCGCAAACUGCAGCUAGAUGGUGACACCACCCCGACCUCCACCGCAGACUCUCGGACAAAGUUGUGGGGUGCGUUCCCCAGACCGGCUUGGUACAGCAAAGAUCGAGGGUUCGUCCAGGCUACGAGCUUAGACGAUGUGCAGUCGCGUCCUACGGCGAGCGUCGAACCUACGAGCGAGCAUUCGUUGCCCGACCACCACUUACCGCCGAAGCAGCCAACAGAUGAGAUCCAUCGUCUGAUACGUAGCCCCGUGUUGUAUGACCCGCUGAGGACACCUCGCUAUCCCAUUGCUCUCUGCCAUGGCCUCUAUGGCUUUGACGUGCGCGGUCCCUCCGCGUUUCCCAUCCUCCAGAUGCAUUAUUGGACAAACGUUCUAAACAUUCUGAGGCAGAAAGUAGGUGCGGAGGUCAUCGUUACAUCGGUACCGAGUACAGGGUCAAUCGAGUCUCGUGCAAAGAGCAUGGACCACUUUCUGCGCGAAAAGGCUCAUGGAAGAGGAAUUAACUUCAUGGCCCAUUCCAUGGGCGGCCUCGACUGCCGCCAUUUGAUCACACACAUCAAGCCUACCGCAUAUACGCCUUUGUCGCUGACGAGCAUUGCGACCCCUCACCGCGGAAGUCCAUUUAUGGAUUGGUGCGAAGAGAACACAGGUAUUGGCAGACUCCGUCACAGGGAGCGCGCUUUGUCUGCUGCACAUUCCUCGGAGACAAACGCAUUUUCUGAAGAGAAGCCGCCGCAGGAUGCGGAUGUGCACAGACACGACCAUGACGCGUCAGCAAGUAAACCACCAUCUAACUCCACAAAGUCAUCGCUCUUGUUCGCGUCACUUCCAUCCUCGUUUACCACGCUCCUACUCUCCGUCGUUGAUUCGCCUGCUUACGCGAACCUCACUUCCGCAUAUCUUGACAACGUGUUUAAUCCAGCCACGCCAGAUGACCCAUCUGUCAAAUACUUCAGUGUGGCAGGUCGCGUUACCAACCUGAGCAUAUGGCAUCCACUCUGGCUGCCUAAAAUGGUACUCGACGGCUUCGAAGAGAAGGAGCGGGAGCGGUUACGGGAUGAUCCACGGUGGGACCGCUCCGAUGAGUGGGGAAACGAUGCAUUAGUCACCGUGCAGAGCGCCAGGUGGGGCGAGUUUCUCGGCAUCAUGGAAGGCUGCGACCACUGGGACGUGCGCGGUGCGCGCGGGAUCGACGUAGACAUACUAUCUGUGCCUGGUCUGCACAUUGGGAAGGGCGGGUCGAAGCCCAAGACCGAGGAGAGUGCCCGAAAACACGAGGAGGAAAGCUGGAGCGUAGCGGAUUGGCGCAAGUUUGUGCGCAUGUGGAAAAGGGAAGAGAAGGAAGCGGCAAAAGAUGCCGCAGCGGGAAUCAGCCAGCGAACACAUGAAGAGAGAAGAGCAAACAGGCGUAAAGGGGGGAAGGCAGAGGCAGACGAAGUGGUCAAGUCGUCGACUGACAAGGUGUCCGCUGUCUUCGACUGGAUUAUCGAGCAGGUGCCGUCGAAGCGGUCAUUCAGUCUGCUACCUUCCUCGGGGCAAGAGAGUGGAGAUGCUCCUUCAUCGGCGGCGGGCAAAACGGAUCGAGAGAAGACCGAGAAGCAGGCAGACCGUAGUGACUUGGCUACGAAGAUGGACCUGGAGAGAUUUUAUAUCGCGUUGUGUAGGAAACUAUACGAUGAAGGUUUGUGA